AUGUGCUGGCAUAGCCUUACGCUAGUCCUCUUUGGAACUGUGGUUCGGCACGGCUUCCACACACACCGACAUAUCCUCAUCCCGAAGAGAGUCUCUGGAGACUGGAGCCAUAUCGACAACCAACCCCGACAGCCAAAACAAUCCGUCAAGAUGGUCAAGAAGAGGGCGAACAACGGUCGUAACAAGAACGGCCGCGGCCACGUCAAGCCCGUGCGCUGCUCCAACUGCGCUCGCUGCACUCCCAAGGACAAGGCCAUCAAGAGAUUCACCAUCCGCAACAUGGUUGAGUCCGCUGCCAUCCGUGAUAUCUCUGACGCCUCCGUCUUCACUGACUACGCCGUCCCCAAGAUGUACCUCAAGCUGCAGUACUGCGUCUCCUGCGCUAUCCACGGCAAGAUCGUUCGUGUCCGCUCCCGGGAAGGCCGCCGCAACCGUGCUCCUCCCCCUCGCAUCAGGUACAACAAGGAUGGCAAGAAGCUGAGCCCCCCUCAGGCCGCUAAGGCUAUGUAA